CCACCCUUGCUCUCUAUGGUUCCCCUCUUCCGCACCCUCCAGCCAAUCAGGUUGCACGGCUGCUUUCUUCCUCCUCCUUCCCAGAAUGCAUUUCGUGCCGCCAAGAUGGCGCCGCCCGUCCGCCGAGGCGUUUCUUGAGCUUUGACGGCGGCGCCGGUGGUUGCCAUGGCGGCGGUGGCGGCGGCGUGCCUGGCCCGGCGUGGCUGGCGGGCCUUGGGCCUGGCCGGACUUGGGGCCUCGGCGGGGAGAGGGAGGCCGUCGUCGCGCUGCGCCUGCUCAGGUGGCGUUGGGCUUCGUUAAUCUUUGGAACUCGCCGCCGCAUGCUGUGAGGUUGUCUCACUGGCGGGAAGCUGGAUUAAUCUCUAGAUAGAUCAGCCGAGUAGAAGGCCCAAAGCUAAAGCCUUUUUAGUUUUAGGGAAAGGGCCACUGGUCUUUAAUAUUGUUUUUAAUGCUGUAAGCCGACCUGGGAGCUUAGGCUGAAGGGUGGGCAAUUCAUUCAUUCGUUAAUUAUAUCUUAAGUGCUGGCACGACACCUGCUUUGCAUGCAGAAGGCUCCAGGUUCAAUGCCAAGUAGCAUCUCCAGCUAGCAGCUAAAACAUUGGAGAGUUGCUGCCAGCCAAAGUAAACAAUACUGAGUUUAUUGACCGUACUCAGUAUAAGGAAGCUGCCCGUUUUCUCCUGUUGUUCUGCAUGAAAAUCAUUUGCCUUAGCUCCCUUCUUCCUGCCAAUAGUGCCUCUGUGCUUCCUGGCCUUUAAUAGCCCUACUUCCUGGAAUCUCUUUGUACAGUGGUACCUUGGUUUAAGAACAGUCCUGUUUACGAACUAUUCGGUUUACAAACAGAAUCCGAACGGUGGAAGGGCACUGGCAGUGGGAGGCCUCGUUAGGGAAAGCGCGCCUCGGUUUAAUAAUGAUUUCGGUUUAAGAACAGACUUCCGGAAUGGAUUAAGUUCAUAAACCGAGGUACCACUCUAUUCUUUAGCCUACCUGCAAAAGUGUUUCCAUUUCUAGAAUCUGCUUUCACCAGAGGAAAGUGUACUCCUCCUUCCCCUUCUUUCUCGGCAGAUUGACUGCAAACAGUCUUUGGUUCCUGAGAAUUUUCCUGCCUCUCUCAUUAACACUAGAACAUGUGGGCAUCCAUUGAAGCUGAAUGCUUGAAGAUUCAGGAGAGUGAAAAAGAAAUCCUUCUUCAUGUAGUGCAUAGUUGAACUGGAAAACUCACUUCCAUAGAUGGCAGUGAUGGCUGACAACCUAGAUGGCUUUUAAAAAGCAGACAAAUGCAUUACUAUUAGCCAUGAUAGCUAUGCUUUGCCCACCACAGCUGGAGGCAGGAGUAUGCCUGAAUACCAGUUGCUGGAAACUCCAGGAGGGGGCUCUUGUGCUCAAAUCCUGCUUGAAGGUUUCCCAUUGGGGCAUCUGGUCAGCCACUGUGAGAACAAAAUGCUGGACUAGUUGGGCCCGAUCCAGCAAGCUCAUCUUAUCUUCUUAUGAGUAGCUGUAAUGUUUGCCAGCAUUCUGUGCCAUCACACCCAUAGUUCAGCUCGUAUCAGAGCAAGUUCAACCCCCACAAAUGCCCGACAUUCUGGGUUCUUGGUCCUGAGGUUUCCCCACCACAUCCUUGAUCUGCAAUAGGAGUAUUUCUAAAAUGCGGGUUUUCUCUCUUGUUAUUUGCUUUAGGUAUCAGCCUCCAUUUCUUGAAGGACCCAUCCCAUCAGGGCAGGACUGUCCCUGCUCGCUUGUAUGGAAACGACUCUGCCCUGGAUUACAUCCUUGGGAUUACUAAAGAAGAUGCCCCAUCUUUGGUUGGUCAGCACCCACCGCCUUUGAGCGCCUUUAAAGGUGAACCUUGACUUCCGUCAGUUAUGUUUGGGUAGCAGGCCGAAAUUGAUUUCCUUUGGUAGAAGCUGAUUGGAAUUAUCGUAGGGAUGCGGGUGGCGCUGUGGGUUAAACCACUGAGCCUAGUGCUUGCCGAUCAGAAGGUUGGCGGUUCGAAUCCCUGCAACGGGGUGAGCUCCCGUUACUUGAUCCCUGCUCCUGCCAACCUAGAAGUUUGAAAGCACAUCAACGUGCAAGUAGAUAAAUAGACACCACUCCGGCGGGAAGGUAAAUGGCAUUUCCAUGCACUGCUCUGGUUCUCCAGAAGCGGCUUAGUCAUGCUGGCCACAUGACCCAGAAGCUGUACGCCGGCUCCCUCGGCCAAUAAAGUGAGAUGAGCACUGCAACCCCAGAGUCAGCCACGACUGGACCUAAUGGUCAGGGGUUCCUUUACCUUUACCUUUAAUCAUCAUAAUUAUUAUUAUUAGUUGCCAACGCUUCACCCUCAGGUCCCAGGGAGGGCUACAACAUUAAAACACAAUAUUAAAAAUGGUUUAAAACAACUUGCAAUCACAAAAUUAGCCUAGUUCUGGAUGUGGAAGCCUUUAGUUUAAUCUAUUGGGACUCGCAAAGCACUGAGGUCCCAUAGAGAUUGUUCAUGUGAAACCACUGGAAAUAGCAAGUGAUGUCUGGGCGUUCUUUCUGCAGUUGAGCAAGACAUUUUGCUGGGGCACCAGCCAGAUCAGCCUGAGAAUCCCAAGAUCUUGAGAAUCGCCAUCAUUGGGGCUCCAAAUGCUGGGAAAUCGACCCUGUCAAACCAGCUCUUGGGACGGAAGGUAAUGAGCUGGAGCGCACAGCCUCCAUGGGUGUGGGAGGAUUGGGGCCGCCCUCCAGCACUCCCUUGCAUUAUACAACCCCUUGGCUUCUCUCCUUGACAGGUCCUGCCUGUCUCCAAGAAGGUGCACACGACCAGGCGCAAUGCCCAGGGCGUCAUCACAAAGGACGAUACUCAGCUGGUUGGUAUUAAGAAUUGGCCCAAGCACUCUCCCUGCCCCAACACCCCAGGCACGCCUUGUGAAACUCACAUGCCAAGGUUUGGUGCUGUUUGCCCACAGCGACUGGCAUUUGGUGGUGUGAUACUCCAAAACAUGGAGACUCCAUGUUCAGCUAACACGGUUGACGGCAGAGCUACCAUUCAUUAAUUGAGGAGUAUUCUGUUCUACUCCCUUAUAGCAGGAAUUCCUCUCUCUUUUUUUUUCUUCAGUGAAGUUCUCAAUGAGCAAAUUCAUUUCUUCAGCCAAGUGUUUUCUUAAACCUUUUAAGUGAUUUGAUUCUCUGUUUCUUUGCCUAGGUUGUCUUGGACACUCCAGGCCUCACCACACACCUCAAAGCCAAAAGGUAUAGAAGUAACUGGAGCCUGGGAGAGAAGCAGUUCUCUUGGGGCUGGGAAGUACUGAAUUCACGCUGUGUGUUUCUUUCAACUUUUCUUUCAGGCAUCAGUUGGAAAAAACUCUGCUUUAUGAUCCCUGUAAGAGCUUGAAGAAUGCAGACCUAGGUAGGGACUUGGUUUCCUUUUCUUACCUUGACCUCUCUCUCCCAUCAUGCCACCCCUGGACCACUUAGUGGUCGCCAUCCUUUGCUGCUGCAGUGAUUUAUGUGGUGAUGGUGGGAAGGAUGAACCAGUGUCCCAGUGUGGUGAAGGGCUUAGAGUGUUGGACUAGGACCUGGGAGGCCAGGGUCCAAAUCUCCACUCGGCCAUGACUCACUUGGUGACUCCAGGCCAGUCACUAUAUUUCAGCCUGUCCUACCUCAGAAGGCUGUGGGGAUAUAAAUGGGGGGGGGGGGUGGACAUUGCUUUAUAUCCCUUUUUUUUUCUCCAUGGAAGAAAUUAAUAAAUUUAUUUAUACCCCACCCUCUCCAGCCAAGACUGGGCUCAGGGCGGCUAACAACCAAUGAUAAAAACAAGUUGAUUAAAAUACAACUUAAAAAACAUGAUUAAAAUACAACAUUAAAACAUUAAGAUGCAGCCUCUUCACAGGAGGAGAAAGCAAAAAAGAAAGAGGGAGAGGGAACCAAAUUGAUUCUAAGCCAAAGGCCAGGCAGAACAACUCUGUCUUACAGGCCCUGCGGAAAGAAAUCAGAUCCCGCAGGGCCCUGGUCUCAUGAGACAGAGCGUUCCACCAGGCCGGAGCCAGUGUUGAAAAGGUCCUGGCUCUGGUUGAGGCUAAUCUAACUUCCUUAGGGCCCGGGACCUCUAGGGUGUUGCUAUUUAUGGACCGUAAGGUCCUCCGUGGGGCAUACCAGGAGAGGCAGUCCUGUAGGUCCUCCCCCUCCUCAUUUAAUCUCCACAACAACCUUGUGGGGUAAAUUAUGCUGAGAGUGAGCGACUGACCCAAGGUCACUCUGUAAGCUUUGUGGUCAAGUGGGGAUUCGAACCCUGUUCUUCCAGGUCAUAGUCCAACACUCUAACCACACUCUGGGCUGCCAGCGCUAGAGGCUUUUUUCCUCCUUGGACCAGUUGAUGUUACCAUUAAGGAUCAUUUUGCUUUAAGAUGGACUGGUGGCUGUCUGCUGCUUGGGAGUGAAAGGUUGACCCAAGCUGACCUUGUAACCCCCACUUCCUCUUUUGAAGUGCUAGUUCUUGUGGAUGUUUCGGACCAUUAUACCCGGAACCGCCUCCAUCCAGAGGUGCUCAAGUGUCUGGCUCGGUUCCCUGAUCUUCCCAGCGUUCUUGUCUUGAACAAGGUGAGUGUGCCCAAUUUCCAUUUAUUGCCAAAAGGUUCUUUUUUGUUCCGUGGUGCAGAAACCACAGCAGAACCAAAAACAGCUGCAGAAAACAAUCAAGGGUGCUUGCAGUUUGUUAAAAUUUGCACCCUUGACUAAAAUUGCCCUCAUCUCUUAUCAAAUGCUUUAGCUGAUAGAUCUCCUCUUUAAUCUAUGCAGCUCUAACCUUAAUCUCGUCUUCCUCUCUCAUUCAUAUAUAUGAUUGCUACUUAGACUUGCAUCUUUAUUUUCACUGCUAUUUUUUACCAUGCCUUUGGCAUCCUGCGGCCUCGAUGCCACUCAUCUCCAGUUCUGCUUUACCCCUGGAGCUGCUGAUGCCAUCUUCCCUAGAUGCCACUAAUAUUGAGAUUUCUUUCGAUGUUUUUCAGGCAACAAUGCAAGCCAGAAAUUCUGGCGAAGGGAUAAAGUUCAGUUGAGCCAAGGGAGGGGCUAGGGACCAGGCCCCUUAACCACCUCAGUUGAGAGAACUGGCCAUUACAGCUGGCACAUACUACUCAUUCCACAAUUGUAAUAUAGUGUGGCAGCACCUACACUUUGGAACUCCCCGCCUAUUGACAUCAGGCAGGCACUUUCGCUACACAUUUUUCAGCACCUGCUAAAAACGUUGUUUAGACAAGCCUGGCCAGAUGUUUAGGAAGUCAAAAGGUGUUUUAAUCUGCCUUUAGUCUAUUGUUGCUUUAGCUUUAUCUUUUCACAAACUGCUUUGAGGGUUUUCCUCCCCGCAAUCAAGUGGUGCAUAAUUUUUAGGAAAUAAAUAAGUAAAUACAUUCCUGCAACUCCUGAUUCCCUCCCAUUGCUUCUGUUUCAGGUGGACCUUCUGAAGAAGAAAUUUCUCCUGCUGUACCUGGUGACGGAACUGACCGAGGGGGUCGUCAAUGGAAAGAAGCUGAAAGUCAAGUCCAGAGUCAAGCCAGACUCCCUUACUGAGGUCACCCAGGUGUCAGCGACCUCUGAACACCUGUCCCCAGAGACCAGGCAUCUGGAGGCAGAUCAAGGGCCUCAGCCUGGCUCCGUUGUGGAUGGUGAAGCCAGUGAGGCUGCAGAAGACUCAGUUCCCGCAAAGGAGAACAGGAAACAUGUGAGGGAGAAAGCCAGGAAGGGCUGGCCCGGCUUCCAGGAGAUCUUUAUGCUGGCUGCUACGGAGAGAGAGGAAGUGGAGACUCUGAAGGUAAAUCGCAGGGCUGUUGCUUGGGGUUGCUUGGGGUACCUGCUUUGCCAUGUGGUGGGUCCUAGUUUCAGUCCCCAAUAGCAUCUCCAGGUAGGACUGGGCGGGAGGGAAAACUUCUGCCUGGCAACAAUUUCCUUUGGGGGGAUGGGGGGACAGGAGAGAGGGAAGGCUGGCCCCGUCUUGCAUUUUAUCGAAAUAAUGCUUUUAUUUGUUUUAUGCAUAAAUAAUAUUUGUAUGCUGCUGCGUCGUAAAAAAUACAUCAAAGCGGUUUACAGAAUUAGAAGGUUAAAAACAGACGUCAAUCAACCGUUGCAGAAGGAUGUCUUCUUAUUUGCCUUCUUAGACCUGGCAGAAUAGAAAUGUUUUCAGCAGGCAUUUAAAAGUCAGCACAGAAAGGGCGCCUGCUGAAUCUCUAGUGGCAGAGAGUUCCACAAGACUGGGCCGAUCACAAUGAAGCCUCGGUUUCUUGUUGUCAGACGAGCCUUCCCAUAAAAGGACCGGCCAGUGGCACUCCUGCAGGUGAUCUCACUUGACUGAGCAGCAAUAGAAGGGUUCAGGCAGGGCCUGAGGCACCCUGGACCCAAGUUGUUCCAGGUCUGUUAUAGAACAGGAGGCUGGGUUGGUGUGCCAUUGGUCUGAAGCUGGGAGGCCAGGGUUCGAAUCCCCUACUCAGCCACAAAGCUCUCUGGCUGACCUGGGGCCAGUCUCUCUCUCUUUCUCCACCAUGCCUACCUCACGGGGUUGUUGUAAGGGUAAGAUCAUGAGGGGGAGAACCACAUCCACCACCUUGAGCUCUUUGCACAAAAGAAGGUGUGAUGUAAAUGUGGUAUAGAAAAUAAAAUAAAAUCAAAAUGCCCCCCAGAGGCAGUGAUGCAAGAAUCAUGGGACUGUAGAGUUGGAAGGGACCUGCAGGGGACAUCUAGUCCAACCCUCCUGGCCUGACCCUGGCUCUUGUUUCCAACAGAGGUACCUUUUGAAGCAGGCCAGGCCAGGCCCCUGGGAGUUCCACAGCGAGGUCCUGACCACCCAGACCCCGCAGGAGGUCUGUGAUAACAUCAUCCGAGAGAAGCUUCUUGAGUAUCUGCCUGAGGAAGUGCCCUACACGGUGACCCAGGUGAGGCGGGGAGGGCCAGGAGGUGAUGGGUUGGGAUCCUAUCCCCUUCUUCCCUUCCUUACACAUCCUAGCAUGUGUGCUCCCCUCCACUGUAGACCUGAGGGCUCCUUCUCCUUUCCUUGCAGAGGACGGAGGUCUGGGAAGAGGGGCCUGGCGGGGAGCUGGUCAUCGUGCAGAAUUUGAUAGUCCAGAAGGAGACGCACGUGGUGAGUACCUGGUCGCAAGGUGUCUCUCUCCUCCCACCACCAGCCAAGAGAAACAUUUCUGCCAAGCUGUCAAUUUGGCAUUGAGGGUGGCUAUUUUCCCCCCUAAACCUCCAUCCCAAAGCAGUAAUGGUAGUGGCCAUGAAGAGAGGGACCGUCUCCACCAUAGGCAUUUAAAGCAGCUUCAUGCCACUUCAGAUAGCUGUGGCUUCCCCCAAAGAAUCAUGGGAACUAAAUAAUAAUAAUAAUAAUAAUUUUUUAUUUAUACCCCACCCAUCUGGCUGGGUUUCCCCAGCCACUCUGGGCAGCUCCCAACAGAAUAUUAUUAUUAUUAUUAAAGCGAUAAAACAUCAAACAUUAAAAACUUCCCUAAACAGGGCUGCCUUCAGAUGCCUUAUAAAAGUGAGAUAGUUGUUUAUUUCCUUGACUUCUUAUGGUAGGGUGUUACACAGGGAGGGUGCCACUACCGAGAAGGCCCUCGGUCUGGUUCCCUGUAACCUCACUUCUCGCAGGGAGGGAACUGCCAGAAGGCCCUCAGAGCUGGACCUCAGUGUCUGGGCUGAACAAUGGGGGUGGAGACGCUCCUUCGGGUCUACGGGGCCGAGGCUGUUUCAAGGAACUGUAUUUUGAUAAGCCUGCUGAGAAUCUUUAGGCUGCUCCCCUAGUCCCUCCCACCUCACAGAACUACAAUUCUCAGAGCAGUUUAACAAACAACGAGUGUUGGAAAAUUCAGGACACAUAAAAGGGGAAGACCUUCUUUAUGCAGCCCAUACUUAGACUGUGGAACUCUCUCCCACAGGAGGCAGUGAUGGCCACCAGCCUGGGUGGUUUGAAAGAGGGUUAGACAAAUCCAUGGAGGAGGAGAGGGCUAUUGAUGGCUACUAGCCAGGAUGGCGGUUGGAGGCAGCAACCUCCAAUGCUCUCUGAAUGCUGAUUUCUGGAAACCCCCUGGGGAGGGCACUUGCGCUCAAAUCUUGCUCGGGGAGUUCUCAUUGGGACAUUUCGUUGGCCCCUAUGACCAAAGGAUGCUGGACAAGAUGAGCCAUUGGUUUGAUCCAGCAGGCUGUUCUUAUGUUCUAAUAUAAGCCUUCUUCCCAAUGAACUUUCUGUAGUUGCAGAUAAGCUUCUCAGCUGGGGAAUGGGGUAGGGUGAGCAAAAAAGGAUGCCUAGGCUGUGAUGCCACAAAUGAUAAGCUGUCUCAAUUCCCACUGACACUCCUUUCUCCUUGGCCUUCGCCUUCCCCCGAAGCAGAAGAUGCUCAUUGGCUCCCGCGGCCACCUGAUCAGCAAGAUCGCCCAGGAGGCCGGCUCUGACCUGAUGAACGCUUUCCUCUGCGAUGUGCACCUGAAGCUUUCUGUGCAGCUGAAGAAAUGAGAGCCGUCGCUCCCCCUGCAGCAGCCCGGCCUUGCUACGGAAGGGGCCACUCCAAGCCAACGACAAGGCCCUGCUUUCCUGCUCAUGGGUCUCGCCAGCAACCGGCCCCAAGGACUUCUUCCCAACUUCUUCUUCUCUCCUGUCCCAAAGCCUGCAGCAAUUGCUUGACGGGGGCGGCCUGGCUCUCCUGACUCAGGUCCCAUUUCAGGCGCGUGUCAUGUCAAGGGAAGUACUACAGAUGGACCCACGGCCAGCAAACGAUGAUACACAAGGAGGAAACGGCAGUGCCAGGUUGCCAAUGCGUAUCUUUCACUGAAAUUGCGCACAUGCACAUCUCCCUGGUUUCAUGCGAUGUGGACCCCCAGAUCAUGUGGCUGAAUCUCACGCUCUCUCUGGCUCGCACAAUGACUGCUGCCUGGGGUGGGUGUAGGCUUCACUCUGUGCUAACAGGAGAAGAGACGCAAACAUUUCAGAAGCUGCUGCCUGGAGCCUGGCACUCCCAUCUCAGUUUGUCUGCAUCUUUGAGUCAGGGCAAGGGCUUGUCUCUUUCAGCCAGAGACCCUUCUGGGCUCUGAUGCGGCUGCCGUGCUCUCAAUAAAUUGAAGUGGUCACUCAGGCAACAGUUUUGUUGUCCCUUACUGCUUAGGUCUAAUGAUCUCAGUGCCCUUCAUCUGUAAAAUGAGAGCCUUAAUGGGUUGCCUUUUUGUAAAGCAGUGCUGGGCAGUUUUUCAAGAGCGCUUUGCAACCUGAUCUGUGGUUGCCCUAGAUCAGUGGUGUCCAACUUUUCAAAGAGGGCCAGAUAUGAUGAAGUUGAGGGCCGACCAAAGUUGUUGACCUUUUUUUAGGAUUUUACCCCAGGAAAUAAACUGCCACAGGGGCCAGAUUAAACCGACCGGUGGACCGGAUUAUGCCCCCGAAACGGACUUUGGACAUGCCUGCCCUAGAUUAUUUAGUCUGGAUUUAUCUUGUGAAUUGCCCUUUUGAUGAAGGGCGGUAUGUAAAUCUAAUAAAUAACAAUAAUAAAAAAUUAUUAUUUAGG